AUGCAAGAAAAGCUACAAGAACAGAUAAACAUACAAGAAAGAAUGGUCAAACCUAUUGUAGCCCCCAGCAUCCUUGCUUCCGACUUUUCCAAUUUGGGUUGCGAGUGUCACAGAGUCAUAAAUGCUGGCGCGGAUUGGUUGCACAUCGAUGUCAUGGACGGACAUUUUGUUCCUAACAUCACAUUAGGCCAACCAAUCGUCACUUCCCUGCGUCGUUCCGUACCACGUCCUGGUGACGCCACUAACACACAAAAGAAGCCCACCGCGUUCUUCGAUUGCCACAUGAUGGUCGAGAACCCGGAAAAAUGGGUCGACGACUUCGCCAAGUGCGGUGCUGACCAAUUCACCUUCCACUACGAAGCCACUCAGGAUCCCUUGUCCUUGGUCAAACAGAUCAAGGCCAAGGGCAUCAAGGCCGCCUGUGCUAUCAAACCAGGCACUUCCGUGGACGUUUUGUUCGAGCUAGCUCCUCAUUUGGACAUGGCUUUGGUUAUGACCGUGGAGCCUGGGUUUGGUGGCCAGAAAUUCAUGGAGGACAUGAUGCCCAAGGUAGAAACUUUGAGAGCCAAGUUCCCUCAUUUGAACAUUCAAGUCGAUGGUGGUUUGGGUAAGGAGACCAUUCCUAAGGCUGCCAAAGCUGGUGCCAACGUCAUUGUUGCAGGUACCAGUGUUUUCUCUGCGGCUGAUCCACACGACGUUAUCUCCUUCAUGAAGGAGGAGGUUUCAAAAGAAUUGCUCUCCAAGGGUCUACUAGAUUAG